AUGUCUAGCGAUCGUCGUGACCGUAGCGGCCAGCGAGAAACGUCCACCCUCGAGUGCGGGCCAAAGGCCGAAUGGAGAAAGGAAUCUAGUGAAAGUCUGCUUGCGCCGCUGUAUGCCAUGUACAAAGGCUUUGUGACCACGUGUUUUGCAGGUGUUGUAAAAGUCCCAUUAAUAGUGAAGUGCGCUUACAUCGAUUAUCUCAAAGCUCUAGAAGUGAGGCAAGCGGAACUAGACAAAGAGAGAAAAAUUAAAAAGAAAGCUGGC